AGGGGAAGCCCGGCCGCGGCUGUUCCCCGGCCCCUCUCUCUCUCUCUCUCUCUCUCUCUCUCGACGCCUCGGCUGCCGGAUCGCAACACGACUCGCUUCGGCGUGACUCACUUCGCUGCCUCCUCUUCUCCGGGAGCCCCCCACCCACCGCCCCCCACUGCCCCUCGCCCCCAGACGCGUAAACUUGGAGCGACUCCCCGGCCAGGCACCGUUAUAUGGGAAAACACGGCUCCGUCCGGCGCGUCGUCGUCUGUUCCAUUUGUUCCUCCCAUCCCCUGUAUCCGAGAGGGAGCGCGCGGCGGAUGAACGUCGGAGGACGCGACUCACGGACCGCGUCGCCUUCAGCGCAUCAUGGGAACGUUACAACUACCAACAAGGGAGGACCUGGCAUUAGACCGCUGUGUCUAAAUGAAGUGGUUCAGCCAUGCAGUGUUCCUGGAAGGCAGUGAUUCUGCUGGCCUUGGCCUCCAUUGCCAUCCAGUACACGGCCAUCCGGACGCUCACCUCCAAGCCUUUCCAGCUGUGUCCGUUGCCCAGCCCUCAGAACUGCGGCCUGGGCGGCCAAGACACCGAGCCGCCCUUUGAGCGCGGCGCAGCGGGUGCUGGCGGAGGCUGCGACGACUACCCGUACUUCUCCAUCAAUGCCACGCGCAAAACGCACAUUCUGGUCCUGGCCACCACCCGCAGUGGCUCCUCCUUCGUGGGCCAGCUGCUCAACCAGCACCAGGAGGUGUUCUACCUGUUCGAGCCUCUCUACCACGUCCAGACCACGCUCAUACCGCGUCUGUCCCACAGCCGCAACGCCGCAGACCGCCGCGUGAUGCUGGGCGCCAGCAGGGACCUCCUGCGCAGCCUGUACGGCUGCGACCUCUACUUCCUGGAGAGCUACAUCAAACCGACGCCCACGAACCACACCACGGACAAACUGUUCCGGCGCGGCGCCAGCCGAGCGCUGUGCCAGCAGCCCGUGUGCGAUGCCUUCGGUCCCGCCGACGUCAAUGUGGAGGAAGGGGACUGCGUCAAGAAGUGUGCGUCUCUGAACAUGACCCUGGCGACAGAGGCGUGCCGCGAGAAGCGGUACGUGGCCAUCAAAAUCGUUCGCGUGCCAGAGAUCGGAGAUCUACGGGCUUUGGUGGAAGACCCGCGGCUCAAUAUUAAAGUCAUCCAACUCGUCAGAGACCCGCGCGGUAUCCUGUCGUCGCGGAUUGAGACGUUCAGGGAUACGUAUCGCCUGUGGCGUAUUUGGCGGGCCACGGGGAGACGGCCCUACAACCUCGAUUUAAGUCAGCUUACAGUUGUAUGUGAGGACUUCCUCAGCUCGGUUUCAACUGGCCUCGGCCAUCCCUAUUGGCUAAAAGGGAAGUACAUGUUGGUUCGCUACGAGGAUUUGGCGAGGAACCCCCUGCUCAAGACGAAGGAGAUGUACGACUAUCUGGGGCUGCCUAUGGAUAAAAACGUGGAAGACUGGAUACACGCAAACACCCGGGGCAGCAACGAGCCCUCGGCCAAACACAAGUUCGGCACGGUGAGGGAUUCGGCGGCUAACGCGGAGAGUUGGCGUUUGAAACUGUCGUACGACAUGGUGGAAUACACACAGACUGUGUGUCAAAAAGUACUCCACCAGCUGGGAUACAAAGCUGUGCGGUCGACGGAGGAACUGAAAAACAUGUCCCUCUCACUGGUACAGGACAAAACUUUUGUACCUUUUUCGUAAAACAAAGACUAGUGACUAUUUUUGAUAUAUUUAUAAUCGUUGCCUUAUAAUUUCCUCGGUUUCAUUGGUUUCAUUUCUCCAACUUUGUUUCCUAAAAAUUUGCACUUAAACUUUUAAAAAGAUUUUGAAUGCACCAAGGGGGAAAACUAUGGAUUUGUUCCCCAAUGUUUUUCGAACAGCACACGUAAAAAAACCCCCCCCACAAAAACAAGCUAGUUUACAAAUUGUCUUAUUGUUUAGUUGUCUUUUUUUUUUUUCCCAUCCACAGAACCAAGACGAGACAGUGUCUUCAUGAAUUUCCUGUAUGCAAAGCUGUUUGUUUCAACAAAAAGUAAAAUGUUGCCCCCUUCAAAAACACGGAACGGAAGCCGGGGGAAUUUGUUUUUCUUUCAUAUACGUGUGAUGGCAAAAUUUGGACUGUACGAGCCCUACUGUGCAAUAAAUCGUAACCCCACA